CCCUCCCCCGUUGUGGAACUUUGAGUGCAGUUAAAACAAUGCCUCCACAGUGCAGGGACAUGCUGAGCUGUCAUAUUUCUUCUUAGCCGGAUUAAUUUUCACGUUGACAAUGUGGCUCUCUCACGGAUGCGCGCAAGUGUCGUCAAUCAGCCGCCGGUUGCUGCGCGCGGUGGGCCGGAGGAGAAAGAGCCACGGAGCGGCUUUCUUGCCGGAGGCUGUGGGCUUCGAGGGUGUGCGGGACCGCGCGGGGCUCCAGGAGUUCUCCGUCGCUCACACGGAGCGCUUCUGGUCCUGCGUGGCGCGUCACCGGCUCGACUGGAUCAGUCCGUUUCACACAGUCUUGGACUACGAUCUGGACCGGGGAAAAGUGAAAUGGUUCGAGGGAGGAAAGCUGAACGUGUCCGUAAAUUGCCUGGACCGCCAUGCACACAGCAGCCCACAGAAGAUAGCACUCAUUUGGGAGCGAGAUGAACCAGGGUCAGAGGUCAAGGUCACAUACAGUCAGUUACUGGAGAUGACCUGCCGCGCUGGCAACCUGUUGAGGAGGCGUGGUGUGAAGAAGGGCGACACGGUCACCAUCUACAUGCCCCCGUGCCCUCUGGCCGUGGCGUCCAUGUUGGCCUGCGCUCGGAUAGGCGCCGCUCACAACGUGGUGUUUGCGGGCUUCAGUGCCGAGGCGCUGGCGGAGAGAAUCAGAGAUGCCCAAUCCAGCACCGUCAUUACGGUCAACGAAGGUGUCCGAGGCGGCAAGAUCACCCACCUGAAGAAGACAGUGGAUGCAGCGGUGCAGGGUUGCCCGACUGUGCGACAGGUGUUAGUCGCCAUGAGGACGGACACGCCGGUCACCAUGACGACAAAGGAUGUCGCCAUGGAGGAGGAGAUGAAGACGGAGGACACGGUGUGUGAGCCGGCUGCCAUGGACAGCGAGGACGUCCUGUUCUUGCUGUACACAUCAGGCAGCACCGGGAAGCCCAAAGGACUCGUGCACUCUCAGGCUGGAUACCUGCUUUACACCUCACUUACACACAAGUAUGUCUUCGACUACAAUGAUGGCGAUGUGUUUGGCUGUGUCGCCGACAUCGGUUGGAUCACAGGACACAGUUACAGCGUGUACGGACCACUGGCCAACGGAGGGACCACGGUGCUGUUUGAGAGCACGCCUGUUUACCCCGACCCAGGACGGUACUGGGAGAUGGUGGAGAGGCUUAAAAUCAACCAGUUCUACGGCGCCCCGACGGCCAUCCGCCUACUGCUCAAGUAUGGGGACGAGUGGGUGCACAAAUAUGACCGCUCCAGCAUCAGAACACUCGGAUCAGUGGGCGAGCCCAUCAACACUGAGGCGUGGGAGUGGUACCAUAAGGUGGUGGGAGGAGGACGCUGUCCCGUGGUGGACACCUGGUGGCAAACGGAGACGGGUGGGAUUUGCAUCGCCCCGAGGCCGUCGGAGCCGGACGCAGAGAUUGUCCCGGGAAUGGCCAUGAGACCUUUCUUUGGCAUUAACCCGGUGCUCAUGGACAAUGAGGGCAAAGUGGUGACCUCCAAUGAUGCUUUGGGAGCACUUUGUAUCUCUCAGCCGUGGCCCGGCAUGGCCAGGAGCAUCCACAACGACCACCAGAGGUUCAUAGACACCUACUUCAAAACCUACCCUGGUUACUUCUUUACCGGCGAUGGGGCCCAUCGCUCGAAGGAGGGCUACUACCAGAUCACUGGUCGCCUUGAUGAUGUCAUCAACGUGAGCGGCCACAGGAUCGGCACAGCUGAGAUUGAAGAUGUAGUGAACCAAUGUUCUGCGGUGGCUGAGUCUGCAGUCAUCGGCUGCUCACAUCACAUCAAAGGACAAGGGCUCUAUGCAUUUGUGGUCCUAAAGCAGGACGUCCAAGACGUGGACCUGACUUCACAGAUCAACAACAUGGUCUCUAACAAGAUCGCCAAGUACGCCUGCCCGGACCACAUCCAGUUUGUGCAACGUCUCCCAAAGACACGUUCAGGAAAGAUCAUGCGGCGGGUUCUCCGUAAAGUGGUGGAGCGUGACCUGGGCGGGCUCGGUGAUCUGAGCACGCUGGACGACCCUGCGGCUGUUCAGGAGAUCAUCCAAGGUCACAGUGACCUCUGUGCUAAACAACCGUGAUGGUGACGACAAAUUUGAAAAGGACUUGUAGUUCUACUAAACAACUUUUAAUUCUUCGUAAGCAAUAGUCUUCUGUACAUUCCACAUUAGUUGACUUUUGUAAACAUGAACCUCACUGCCCUCAUUAGCACAGACCUCCGCCAAGGGGAAGAAAAAUAAAGUGCAAUAACUCAAGAGACAAAUCUGCACCUUUAUCCUGAUCUGCACCAACACUUAACCAAGACAGAGGUAACGAAAGGAUGAAAAGGAUUUUGGCUGAAGCCAACAUGGAGUCACCUUGUCGAAGCAUCCACCGUAGAAAACAGUGUGUGGAGUGUUGUCCUUGACUCAGAAGGCCAAGACAUCAUCCGGGAGGCUCCCAUCGGCUCCUUUUAAUCUCCGCAACUCCCAGUGACCGGCGCCAAAUAGUUUCAACUGGAUAUCGUGAUGCUGGGAAGUACAAAAGCAUUAGAGAAAAUUAUACUUAGAACUGUCAAUCUAAAAUACUAUACAGUGGCAACAUCACGGCUCUGAAUACGGCAUACAAAUAAAAGAAAA